AAAAAAUAGAAGGAAAUUGAGAAAAAAAUUAAUUAAAGUAGCGAAUCGUAAAUACAUCAAUUGUUAUGAAGAUUAUCAUUGACGCAUUAGUUGUAUUGUUAUUGGUAAAAGUCAAAUUUUUGUUGGCGUGGGACACUCCCAGGCCUGCCAAUCCAGGUGAGUUUCCGUAUCAAGUAAGUCUCCAGUGGGGCUCACAGGGUAUUCCUCUUGGCCAUUCUUGCAGCGGUGCAAUCAUUAACAAAUUCUGGAUUAUAAGCUCCGGAUAUUGUGUAUCUCAUAUAUCGACAAUGACUAUCAGAGCUAUAAAAGUUGGAUUUCAUAAUAUCAACGAGGAAGAUGAGUUUGUACAAGUUUUGGAAAUUGCACAAUUUAUAAUUCAUGAAAAGUAUGAGGGAGGCAACAUGAUCGGUAGUUAUUUAUCUUACGACCUUGGAUUGAUUAAGCUGGCGACGGCCAUCGUUUUUAAUAAUCGCGUGAAUGCGCUUAAACUUCCAAGUGGCAAGAAAUACGGUAAAAGCAAAUUCAAGCUAGAAUAUAACCUGGUGUUAAGCGGCUGGGGGUCAAUAGCUGUCGGGGUUACCGAAAAUCAUCCGAAAGUUCUGUAUACUGUUCAAUUACCCGUCAUACCGAACAAAAUCUGUCAACAAUCAAUCAGGACCGUCAUUCCAAAUUACGAGUUGUCAGAUACUCAGCUUUGUACGAGACCCAUAGAUGGAUCUUUCGCCGCCUGUAUUGGCGAUUACGGUGGCCCAGUAAUCCAGUACAAUCAGUCAAAUGAACCCAUAUUAGUCGGCAUAUAUAAUUGGGCUGUAAUACCUUGCGACACUAAUGGUUUACCACCUGUUUAUACACGUAUUACCAGUUUUAAGCAAUGGAUCAAAAAUAAAAUAAAAACAUAAUUGUAUAUAUUACACAAAAAAAUA